UCUUUGUCUUUGAACUAUAUAGCUUGAAUCCCACCAGCCAGAAUUGCCAAAUUCGGUGCAAAGACAUGCAAAAAAUGGAAGGAAUUUCAAUAUCUAUUCAACUUCGUUCCCUUCUCCUUCUCUCUUUGUUUUGUUUGUUUCCUGUCCUUGAAGCCAAUGGAACUAAUGUGACAGCAGGAUGCAUCAAGGAAGAAAGGGAAGCACUUGUUAGAGUUAAGCAAGGUCUUGAAGAUCCUUCCGGUCGACUCUCGUCCUGGAUUGGUGAAGACUGCUGCAGAUGGAAAGGUGUAAGUUGCAACAACCAAACGGGAAAUGUUGUCAAGCUGGAUCUUAGAAGCUAUGAUUGUUACCUGAAUGGUGGUCAAGAUGAUCCUAGCAACCUGAAUCCGUCAUGUAUGAGUGGCAAGAUAAGUUCUUCGUUGCUCGACUUGAAGCAUUUGAAUUACUUAGACUUGAGCAUGAAUAACUUUCAAAAUAAUCCAGUUCCUGAGUUCUUAGGUUCACUAGACAAGCUGAGUUACCUUGAUCUCUCCUAUUCAAAUUUUGCAGGAUUAGUUCCUCCUCAUCUUGGAAAUCUGUCAAAUUUGCGAUACCUUGACCUUGGUUCAAAUUCUCUAAAUUCAUCUCAACCAGGCAUUUGGAUUGCAGAUUUAAGUUGGAUAACUCAUCUUACAUCUUUAGAGUACCUUAAUCUGGGAUUUGUAAACCUUAGUAUGGUCUCAGACCAUUGGCUGCAAGCUUUUAAUAAGCUUCCUUCCCUCACAAAACUGUACCUUCCAUUCUGUGAACUUCAAAACCUUCCUCAUUCAUUGCCGCAUAUGAACUUCACUGCUCUCACAGUCAUUGAUAUAAGCAGUAACAGUUUCCAGCCCUCAAUACCUGAAUGGUUGUUCAACCUUACUUCCCUUUCCUUCCUUGAUCUUUCAUACAAUGACAUCAGAGGAGACAUUAGUGUACUACUAGGAGGUUUAGGGAAAUGCUGGAAUGGUAGCUUAGAGGAGUUGUAUUUAGUUAGUAAUCAACUCAGUGGGCAACUUCCAAGUUCCUUGGGAUUCUUUAAGAAGCUAAGGCACCUUUAUCUUUUCGAUAACCUCAUUUCAGGGCCAAUUCCAGCAUCCGUGGGAAGCUUGUUGAAUUUAGAAGGUUUGGACCUCUCAUAUAACAGAUUGAAUGGAUCAAUUCCCCAAAGCAUGGGAAAACUAACAAAGUUAAAUGCACUGUAUCUGCUCCAGAAUUUCUUGGAAGGAGUUCUGUCCCAAAACCAUUUCCAAGGCCUUAGGAAUCUAGAAUAUUUGCAAGUCUCAUCUUCAAACAAGAGCAUUGUCUUCAACAUGAGCUCAGAUUGGGUUCCACCUUUUAGUCUGAAAUUCAUCAGAAUCGAAAGCUGUAAUGUAGGUCCCAGCUUUCCAGCCUGGCUUAGGACUCAGAAAAAUCUUUCAAGAAUGCACAUCAAUAAUGCAGGCAUUUCAGAUACAAUACCUGAUUGGUUUUGGGAGUUGUCUCCCCAGAUCAGCUGGCUGGAUUUUUCCAAUAAUCAACUAAAAGGCGUGCUUCCCAACUCACUAGAAUUUGCCUUGAAUGGGAAUGAUGCACUAGUUGAUUUGAGUUUCAAUCGCUUGGAGGGCACCGUCCCCUUCUGGCAUAAAGUGACCUACCUUAAUCUAGCACGCAACUUACUUUCUGGGUCGAUUCCUACUAGCAUAGGUCGAGGAAUCCCAUCACUGAUAUAUCUGAAUUUUUCUGGAAAUUUUCUCAAUGGUGGCAUUCCAGAUUCCAUAUCUGAGAUGAAGACAUUACAGAGACUGGAUUUGUCAAACAAUAAUCUAACUGGAGAGAUCCCUGAGCAGUGGAACCAUUGUCAAGAACUUCUGGUCCUGGACUUGUCCAUCAACAGUCUCUCUGGCAAUAUUCCCAGUUCAAUAUUUUCUAUACCGAAGCUUCAAUGGUUGAAGCUAAAUGGCAACACGUUUUCCGGGGAACUCUCUUUUCCAUCAGUAAACUGCAAAGAUCUGAUUUUUCUCGAUAUUGGAGAGAAUGAAUUGACAGGGAAGAUACCGACAUGGAUUGGAGAAAGCCUUGCAUCACUAUCAGAACUAAAACUAAGGUCCAACAUGUUCAGCAACAACAUCCCUGAACAAUUAUGCCAUCUUUCACAUCUACACGUCUUAGACCUUGCUGAUAACAUUCUCUCAGGACAUAUCCCUUCAUGCCUUGGCAAUUUGACUAGUUUCCGUGUUAAAUCCAGCUUUGAACCGGUUUCAACUUAUCAACUCUACCCAUUCAUACCACAGAUGGAGUUAGUUGUGAAGGGAAGAGAAUUCAACUUCUCAAACAUACUUGGCCUGUUAAACAGCAUUGACCUAUCAAGCAAUAAUCUGGUUGGAACUAUUCCAGAAGACAUAACAGAUCUCUUGAUCCUGGGUACCUUGAAUUUAUCCAACAACCACUUCACAGGAAAGAUACCAGAAAAGAUGGGAAGCUUACGCCAGUUAGAGACACUUGACCUUUCAUACAACCAGCUUUCAGGACAAAUUCCUCCCAGCAUGUCUUCCAUGACACUGCUAAAUCAUCUUAACCUAUCCCAUAACAACUUGUCUGGACCCAUCCCAUCAACUAACCAGUUCCUAACCUUCAAUGAUCCAUCUAUUUAUCAGGGAAAUGCAGGGCUUUGUGGGAAUCCAUUGCCAACCAGGUGUAACGCGUCAAACAGUGCAGACACUGAAAACCAAGAUUCUACCGGAAAUGGAGACAGUGAAGAUGAAAAUGAAAAGCAUGAUGAAGUAAUAUCAUUUUCUAUUGGCGUGGGACUGGGAUUUGUGUUCGGACUUUUGGGCAUUAUUGGCAGCUUACUGCUGAACAAGUCGUGGAGAAAUACCUACUUCCACUACAUAGAUGGUUUUCUGAAAAAAGCCUUGGCUGGUGUUGCUAAGAAAUGAGACUAACAGGCAGCAGACGAUGGGAAGGGAUCUAGAAGGCUACUGGAAGCCUCAGGCGAAUAGAAAUGUAAAUGGCAUAUUCCAUUUAUCCUUUUUUGCAUAAAGUUCUUAAUGUAUCGUGAGUAAUCCAUAUUCAAAGAUGAUAUGACUUUUAUUCCGAGCCAUGAGAUCACUGAGAAUGCAGUUCAUAAUGUUCACUUUCUUUCCAGACAGGUUAAGAGCCUGUAAA